AUGAAUGGAGUAGAUUCACUCCCGUCCAGGCCACAUCCUCUUGGCUGGGAUGCCAUGAAAGAACAUUGGUGGCAAUUUUCGAGACCGCUACCAGAUAAUGUACCCUCGACUGUAUCCAAACGUCUGGCCAAGCUAGCCAACCGAGAGCUCAACUUGAUUGACAGGCGUCCACGCAAGGGAAAGCCCGUGAGCUUCGGAGUCUAUCUGGGAAGCUUCGAAAACCCACCCACUGUCUCUCAAGAAAGACUUUUGCAAGAAUGGGAUAUCUUGGUCGUGGAUCCCUUCCAGACAGGUGUCGCCAAAGCGAUUUCCAGACACGAGCGCAGCCAAGUAAUAGGACGUGUUGAUUUUGGGAAAUUCAUUCCCCAAAACGCAACCGCUCUGGCCGUCAUCGAAAAGAUCGAGGAAUUGCUUGCAAGUGGAUUUAAUGAUACCGCAUUUUCCGGUGUUCUCCUCGCAAAUUGGGAAGAUGUGCUCCGUCCUACCGCUCGAAGAAAGCUUCUCGAGACCAUCAGCAGCCUCGGCCUGGCAGUAUAUCUCGAGUCUGAGCCUCCUCAUUUCCUGAAGGAUCGAAAGGCCGUGCAGAGCGACGCCGUGGCGGGUUUGGUCAUUCGGAACGCUAGCAUCAUGCCUCAAGGCGAAAAGCGGGACUAUUUCCAACUGACUGAACUGCAAUCAACAAUCAAGGCAUUUGUUUCUGAGUCUUGCAUGAGAGACUUUGUCGUAAUGGCCUGGGAAACCGUCGACGACAAUGUCACUGUUUCCAAUGCCAUAGUCCGCCGAUCUAUUCAGUGGUGCGGCUUUUACAGCGCAAUUACCUGGAUCGGCCCUGAGGCUGCUCUUCGCGAUGCGGAUCUUAACGUCACGACUCUCGAACCUCUCCCCGCGUUUGGUUGGCUGAAGGAAGCAGAAAUUAUGAAGGCCCACGACAUCUGGCGUGCCAACCUGAACAUAUUGCCUUCCCCGGAUACCAAGGCUGGCUGGGACAUUCUCAAGCCGAUUUUCCCUGCUAUCGAUGCGCUACUGGAUUCAUCAGAAUACGACUCCGAGGCUCCCGAUAGCCCGACUGCUCGACUGCGUGAUCCUCCAGAAUGGGUCGCACAGGUCAAGUCACAGGGCAGCCCUCUCUCUAUCUCCAUAUCAGGGAUGGCCUACAAUUCGCUUGGUUGCUUCCCUCUCGGCUCUGACUCGAACCCACUGGCCUUUGCAGAGAUUGUCCAAUCUCAACGACGCCUUAAGUCUCUUAAUCUUCUUCAUCCCGUCCCGACAUCCAAAAUACAAAGCAUUGGACUCCUUUUACGUCAAUUCUAUGACUCUCUGGCUCUCUCCGGAGAUGACGAGCAUUUGGCCAACACAAUCAAGGAACUUGCGAAUUGGGCAUCCAACGAUUUGUUGCACGUAAAUCUUUGUCUCGACUCUGGUCUGCGCAAGAGCUCUGAUCUCCGCUUUUGGGCCGUUUUUGAUAUGGAACAUGAUGGUAUUGAGAUCUAUGUAUCCAAGAAUGCACAAGGCCUGGCUGGAACUGUUCUUCACACCUUCCUCUCUGCAAAGGGCUUUCCCCGCCAUGUUUGCUUCGAGACUGAGGCAACUUUCGCGACCUGGUCUCAGAAUGUGUCGCACGAUACUGGCCUUCCUCGCCGACUUAUUCAAGAUAUCGAUGCUCUCAGCCCUGAAGAACGUCUCCUUCUCUUGCAGCACCUCUCUCUGACUAAUUCACAUAGCGAGCUAUCCGAGGUCGUCUGCACGUACAUUCGCAAGCAACUGGUCGAUGCCCCUUCUUUUGCUCAGUUGAAAGCACUGAACACGGUUGGGUAUCUCGAGAAGUCCACCUCUCCUGAGGAUCUGAUCAGGUCUCGUAUCAACUGGUACACGGAUCAAGGAUGCAAAUACCCAUCUCUCGAUGUCUGUCUCGGUCUUUUCAAUCAGGCCGACAGCGUACUGUCCGAUGUUUUGAGGUAUCGUCGCGAGGAUGACCUUGCCGCUAUUACUAGCGGUCUCUGCGCGCUUCUUCAAGGCGGCUCCGUUGAUGCAUAUGUGGACAUGAUGGCUCUUGCGCUUUUCUGCGCUGCAAGACGGGGAGCCUUCGAUGAGAUUUACGCAGAAGUUACGGAUCGGAAUCCCCUCUUUAACAACCAUACCGAUCAGGCUGCGGCCUUCGCAGAGUCAUUUGCCCUGGGAUCGCGAUGUGAGGCUUACUUUGAUGUGGCUCCCAGUGUUUUCGGAAAGUUGCUAUCCGACCGAUUCAGAGCUUAUUACGGAGACCAUCAGCCGCCGAACUGGGUGAACGGAGCUCCGCAGCUCGCUACAUCCUACGCCGGAGCUCAGAUUGAUGUCAACCCUGAUGAACAGCCUAAUACUAUGCCUGGAUACCAGCGAUUCACAUUCCUGAGUGUCUUCGCCAUUCCAGCUCUGAUUGACAUUAUCUUGCUCACCAUGGUUGGCCGUGGGCUUUAUCUCUCUGCUGCCAUGUCUCAUGAUGAACAGGACAGUGCAACUAUGGCGCUGAUGAUCUCCCUGCUGCUUUCCGGUGCAAUUGGUACCUGGAUUGCAUGUGGCGGCCCUUACUACCUCAUUUCGAUGGCCUUCGCAGCAGCGAACAUGUUCGUUCUCAUUCGUCUAAUUGCCGGUAUUGCCUUCACUGUGGCCGGUGGCUUGAUCGGCUUUGUUGCCAUUUCAGGUGUUCGAGGCCCUCGCGCUGGUAUCAUCUUCUACCUCUACCUCAUCGCUCUGACAAUCUACUUCUCGACUUUCGCCUCGCUUGCAAGCUUCAGUUAUCCCGGCUCGACCUUCUUGUCAGGUCGUAAGUCAAUCAUUAUGUGCAUUCCGAUCCUAUUCUUGUCGCCGAUCAUCACGGCCUGGACCGGCCACGACUCGGCUGUCUAUCUCACCGUUAUCUAUGUCUUUAUUGGUGUGCUCUUGCUCUCCCUUCGUUCGGUUACCUCCAAGUGGGUCACUUGGUACCAAUCCAUGCGACGCACUGAUGAUACCGAGAUCCGCAAGUGGUAUAUCUCUGCCCAUGGAAAAAAUGACGAAAAAGUGUUUGCGAACAUGAGUGAUCCGGCUGCCCUCAAGCUGGCGAGAGAAGCCCUAUUGAAGGACGUCUUGGCUGAAACGAAGCGUGGUAUUUUCUCAAAGGCGUCUAAAGAUAAAAUGGUCGUUGAGCUUGCCCGGGACUGGGAGUCUACCAAUUUCCUUCUCGACUGGUACUGUCGCUAUGCAGAUGUUCCGAGGCCGAUUCCGUUCAGUUCUGGUUGGAAUAUCCAAACCAAGGUCGCACUUGACACCCUGCGCAACUCCCAGAAAGGUAUUCGUCUCCACAAUGCAUUCGUUCACUGGCGUCAGUCAAGCAAGGAGAUGGGAUGUGGUGUUCUCUACUUUGUGAUUGCGCUUCUCGACAAGUGGGCGCAACUGUUGAGUGGUGAUCACAUGCUUAGUCUUCUUCCUGCCGAGAAUGAUGCUAAUCGAAUGGCCGUUGGCUUCGCCCUCGCCUACUAUUUGAUCGGAGCGGUGCUCAUUGAUACCAAAGCCCAGGAGCUCCAUGAUGCCCUUGGUAGCAAACCCCCUCUUCCGUCAGAUCUGCAAAAGACAUUCGACUCGCACAGAAACAGGAGGUACAACUCCGGCGCAAGCCUUGCUCUAGCUACUGCUCUCAUUUGGGCCUUCCAGUCUACGAUCGAAGGCAUGACUAUUUUCUUCUCCUACGUUCUCGCCUACACAGGCUUGAUCUGGUACCAAUACACGAAGAUCUUUACGGGCCCCCAUGCACUGAAGCCUCUCAUCAUUGGUAUCUGUAUCGGAUUGCCAGUCGGUAUUGCGCUCAGAGUCUGUCUGCCGGAUAACAAGUACUCACAGAUCAUUGGACUCGGGGUCGCCACCUGGACCGUUGCCAUCCUCUCGAUCUGGAAUGCCAAAAUGGGUAUGCCAAACAAAGUGGACUCCCCGGUGGAACUUGGCCGCACCUUCCAUGCGUUUACGACGCCCUGGUCGGAUCCUGACUGGUCCCAGCAAGAGCUUCAGACUUUCUUCGAAAGUUAUUCGCUGCUUCCUUCCGAUUCCCGAUUCAGGCUCGAUCCUGGUGUCAAUCCCGGUUUGGAAAUAAAGAGUGUCAUGUUGUCCCGCAGAGAAGAACUUAGGAUCGAAGAGGCGUUCCCUUGCUCCAAGGAUAUUGUCAACACUGCGAUCACAUCCUUUGAGAAGGGCGACAUCGUCAUUGACCUUGUCUCUCCUGGCUCUCUCGGUCCGGGCAUUCGAGCUCUCAGCUGCAGUACCGGAAACCAGCUAAAGUUGGCCAUUGUCGUGGGAGGGCUCCUAGAUGAGCGUCUCGAUAUCAGCGCAAAUUGUCAGAUCAUCGCUGAAACAUUGCUUCAUGCUGCCACAGAGCUUAUGAUGGGUGUUCCUCAUGAAUACGCAUCGUUGGCAGGGUCGAUCAUUUCCGGUGGAGUAACUCACACAAUGGCUCGACAGCUUCGCGAGGAGGCCAACACAACUACGGUCGUACGCUGGGCUAAGAAGGAACUCCUUCGCCAGCUUUGUCUUGGUUUCGAGCCCGAUCUCCAUUGGGACAAGUUGCCAACCGAAGUUCGAGAUGUGCUGUUAAAGCGUUGUUUGGGUGAACAAUGCAGCCUCUCCAAUAGCCAGCGCGAAUGGCUCCAGCAAAAUCUUUGCACAUUCGAUACUGAUGAUCUCAAUGUCCAUGUUGCCCGUUGCAACCUUGGAGCUGCCACCGCAGUUAGCGUUCUUGAUUAUGCUCACUGGGGAACUGGAGAAACUGCUCUUCCCAAAGAGCCCGAGACUUCGAAGUACAUUUCCUACAUACCACGGAAGCUCCCGAUGGCAUUGUCGCUAGUCCGAUCACCAGCUAGCUACAUUUACCACAAGCUGGGAUCAAUGGUCAAGUUCUUUGUGGUUGCUUUGGUCGCAGAUCCGGAAUUCCAGAGGGAGUUCAACCACGUCACUCAGACCCUUCCGACCGUUGUCCGUGUGCCAAUCGUAUUCUUAUUGAAUAUGGUCUGGGUGUAUUCCAAGAUCGUUCAAGAUUUGGGCUUGUCAUUCUUUGUCUUCCAUGGCCGCAAAAACGUCAAACGGCUGUGGGAAGAGACCAAGGGCAUGACAAUCCAUAUCAAAAAGAACCGGGUCAUUGUCCAGAGUCUGGACGGCACCUUUACAACAUUCAGGCACCACGAGAUUGACGGUGGUUUCAAGAUCUACCACUACGCUGGUGAGCAUAAUAACGAGCCCAAGGAAGUCAAGUCCUUGAAGUACGUCAGCACCUACUCGAGUGAGAUGUUGCUUCUGGUCAAGCAGGAGUUCAAGGACGGCAAAAUGAUCAACGAAUACCACUACGACUACCAAGCCCCGAGUAAGAAGGGUUUCAAACUUAUCAAAUCAUCAAACCGUAUUCCACUGGGACGACGCUGCGUGUCAGGAGCAAACCAUCUGCAAAGCGUGCAGUACAACCGCAAGGGUCUUAUCGAAUCAGGUUCCUACAUGAAGGAUGGCAAUCUUAUCCGUUUCAAGUACCACUAUCGCAAGAACCCCCGUUUCGGCGAUGAGUUGCUGCGAGCCGAGUUUGUCUUAUCCCACAUCAGCUGCACUGUGUCUUGGUGUGCGCCUCCGCGACGCCAUCCCGAGAAAGUUGAGCGCUGGAUUCCUCACUCCAAAGUCACCGAAGCCAGCUUUGUCCAAGGCGCCGACGUCUACGAAAGUCGUUGGCUGUACGAUCACAAGUUCCAUCCCACCAUCUUCACCACCAUCAACGGGAAGAAGAUGCAGACUCCGCCCAUGAUUGAACACGAUUAUCUGGGUGUACUGGCCAAGCCGAAGUAUACCAGCUUUGUCCAUGAUAACCCCUUUGUCUACUGCGACAGUCUCCAGUCAAACAUCCUUACCCGGGCACUGGGCCUCACGAAGAAGCGCUUUGUUGUGUCAACUUCCCAGGCUCGCUCCUUGAUGUGGAAGGCGUGGAAGGAUCGUGUUGACUUCGAUGCAAUUAUCGUUCGCUGGAUGGACGACCGUAUUCUGCGCAGAGACAAGGUUCUUUCCCCUUACUGGCGCAGCCGUGACUGGGGCAAUCUCACAUCUGCCAAGAAGUAUAUGGAUAUCCGCGCUGAUGCGAUCAUGGCCAGUGCAGAUCUGGACGACAACAUUUCCAGCUGGACCCCGCUCGCUGUGAAGCUCACCGAUCUGCUCAACUUUGGUUCUGGCGGUGAUUCUGUUGUUAACACUCGCUCCAAAAACUUUGGCACUGAUACCGACAAGACACUUCAUGUUAUGGCGGCAGACAACGGUACCUGGCCUAAUGAAGGUGGUGGUGUCUCUGCCUGUCGACGAGAUAUGAUCAACUCCCUGAGCACCAUCAAAUGGCACAUGAUCUGCGAGUCAGCAAACGAUUUUGGUGUUCCAAAGCAUCAAACUGAACAGAACGUCCAGUCUCUCAAGAUCAUCCCGCUUUGGGGUAUGGACUUCCUCACUCCAACUCACGGUUUGUUUCAUAACAAGCUAGAUGCCGAGGUGGACAAUGUUACAUCCGCAAGCGAGUUCGACAUCAAGAUGAACUUCAUUCCUAUCCUGACAGCUUUGGUUAAGGGUGCCCGUGCCGUACAUCUCUCCAAGUCUGAUAUCCACCAGGCGACUCGCGCGCUUGUGAACCUGAACACAUACUUCCAGGAGUCCCGUCAUUGGACUCAGGUGUGGAACAGUGAAAUGGUGAAGCAGAGCUGGCGAGAUUUGUGGCUGACCCAGGAAAUGCCAAACACCAUCCCGUCAUCCCAGUGGUUCGACACCGAGCUUCCUACUUUGGCGUCCCUCGACGUCGCCUUGGAGCUCUGGUACCGCUAUCUCUUCAUCUUCUCAAUCCCGGUUCCAGAAAAGAUUCCUUCAACCUUCCAAGCCUCACAUCACAGCGUCAGUGCCUCUUACGGUGUUGUAUGCAAGAUCAAGCGCAACUGUACCUUGCAGAUUUGGGACCACGCCAUCGCUUGGCGUGAAACCAAUCUCUGUCUAUCGUCUGCCCUGUGCAAGCUCUCGCCAUUUGUUCGAAACGCACUCCUUGGGUUGAUGCGAAUUACCUCCGUCUUGGCCCUUCACCACGCAGACAUCAUCCUUCCCUGUGCAGACUUCUUCAACCCCGGUUGGGAGGUCGAGAUUGGUACCUGCCAGGGCACGAUUGAGCACCGAAACACUUUCCGCCGAAAGAUCGAUCCUGUCGUCAACGGUAUCACCGAUAUGCAGAAGUUUUCUCCAGUCAAGGAAAUCAAAUCCGAGCGACCGACUGUGACCAUGUUGUCCCACGUUUGGUAUGCCAAGGACAUCAAGACUGCCCUUCUCGCUGCGGAUAUCAUCAUCAAUCAGUGGAAGUUCGAUGAAUACCAUCUGGACAUCUAUGGUGCCAUUGAUAAAGCGCCGACUUACUCUACCGAGUGUCAAGAGAUCAUCGCAUCAAAGGGUCUUCGUGGCAGAGUCACGCUCUGUGGAAGUGCCGACCCCAUGAAGGUCCUGGAGAACACAUGGCUUUUCCUAAACUCAUCUCUGUCUGAAGGUCUCCCUCUCGCCCUAGGAGAGGCUGCCCUUACCGGAGCCCCCGUCGUCUGCACGGAUGUCGGUGCUUCCCUCCGAGUACUCAGCGACCCAGAUGACUUCUCCCGCUUCAGUGCUGUCGUCGCACCAAAUGACGCCCUCGCCCUAGCAAAGGCCCAAAUUGGCAUGCUUGCCAUGCUCGGGGAAUGGAGCAAACACAGCGACGACACGUCGCCCGCGCCAGUCCUGACCUCCUCCCCCACACCCGAGGAAGUCGCAGCCAUAACCCGCCGCAUGUACGAGAAGAGCGAGCACCGUCGCAAACUCGGCAUGAUGACCCGCAAAAUUGUUCAGAAGUCCUUCAGCGGUGACCGGUACCUUCGCGAGCACGAGCAGAUGUUGUGGAUUGGCAAGUCUGCCAAGAUGAUGGCCAGCCGCGCAGCUGGCGACCCAAUCGACCCUGCCGACGUGGCAGCCGCCAUCGAGACUGGCGUCGACGAAGAGAUCAUCACCAUCCCGCGCGGCGUGGUACACUCCUGGCGCUCAUCUGCCCACUCCGGUAUCUCCACAAUCUACAGCUCCACAUCCCAAUUCCCAGGUCGCGGCGGCCUCCACCGUCCCGCGUCUGAUAUGUCAGCUAUAAGCAUGAGCAUGAGCAAUAUCUCUACGGAUACUGAGUCCUUCGGUCGUCUGCCGGUCUUUGCGCCAAGGCCUACCGCGUUGCCCAACGGCGGCUCCCCGGGGAAUAUGUCACCCAUGUGGACAUUCAACCAUCGGUUGUCGGUGCUAAAUUCCGGUCCUCACUCUCGUCCUCAUUCCUCCUCGCGCUCCGUCUCAACUGCUGGUCGGGAACAGCUGCGUGGCUUGCAGCGUGAAGACUUCCUUCCGUACCGAAACUCGGAUAUUAGUGUCGUCAACAGAGAUGACUUCCUUCGGGCUGGCGGACUUGAUCCUAGUCACGCGUCUUGA